ACCGCUUGCUCGAAGCGGCUCUCUGUUGCAACGACUUUUCCACACUAUUGAAUGUUUGCAAGCACGUAACGCGCGUUUAGUGAAGGAAUAAAAAGAUCGGCUCUAUUUUGUGGUUCCAAAAGCGCUAGUUUUCUGUGGAAUUGAAAAGAUUGUUACUUUUAGUACCGUACACUUGGAGAAAACAAAAACAGGCGAUUCCAGCCCGGUUUUCAGUGUUUGUUUCAUGGAUGAAUCCAUCGUAGCGAUGGAGUCCCUCAAUGAGAUUGAGAAAAGUGUGAUCCGCCAGGCUCACAAUAUCGCCACCAAUUCAGUGCUUCGAAUGCGAAACCUGUGGUCGGAGAUUUUUGAUGAACAAAUCACGCAGGACUAUAUGACCCGAUUACCGGAGCACGUUCAGACGUUUUUCGAUGAAGUGUACGAGGAAAGUGAAAACCGUAAACGGAAGAUUUUAGAAACAAUCGAAGAGCUUCGCGAGGAAGCAGCAAAUCUGAAGCGGCUCCUGCAGGAGGAAUGUAUCGAUGUGAAUCCACAACCGGGAGUACCGUUGCAUCAGGUGCAAAUUAAUUUGGAUCGCAGUUUGGAUAUAAUGCGGGAGAAGCUCAAGCAACGAUAUGAUCACAUCGAUGAGUUUUUGUUCGAGCAGACAACACUUUGUGAAGAGCUUGGUGAAACGCCGAAAGAAUUGACAAAAGAUCCACUCCCCUCGGAGGCGGAAAUGUGUGCCUUCCGUACCUACCUGGACAAUUUGCGAGCGGAGAAGCUGCAGCGGUUUGAUGAUAUCGCUGCAAUGCGUCGUGAAAUCAAAAUAAUGAUGAACCACUUGGAAACCGCUCCACAAUCUGAACGUCAAGACGAGUUAAUCAAUGCGCGCAAUUUUCCACCAACAAGGUACAAUCUGACCGAUCUGCGACAUUUGCAUGAAUCGGUCAGCUCGCAAUAUGAAGAUUUGAAGGAUAAUAUUGACAGACUUCGAAGCAAAUUGGCGACUUUGUGGAACUAUUUAGCCGUGAGUCCAUCGGUAUUGAAACGGUACGAGAAAUAUCACGAUUAUACGCAAACAACAUAUGAUAAACUGUUCGCCGAACUGGAUCGCUGUGAGACAUUGCGACGGGAGAAUAUUCAAGCUUUUGUAGACAGGACUCGUGUGGAAAUCGUACAAUGGUGGGACAAAUGUUUGAAAUCGGAGGAAGAGCGAUCGAGAUUCUCAACGUUCAACAGCGAUGUGUACAACGAAGAUCUGCUGACGCUACACGAAAUGGAAUUGAACGAUCUGAAGGAAUAUUAUCGGAAUAACGAGUCAAUUUUCCAACUGGUUGAACAGCGCCGCGAAAUGUGGGAAAAGAUGACCAUGCUCGAGCAAAAAUCGCACGAUCCUUCGCGUUACAACAAUCGAGGAGGGAAGCUACUGGAAGAGGAAAAGGAACGCAAGCGAAUAAGCAUUCAGUUGCCCAAGAUUGAGGCUCGUCUGCUGGAAGCAUGCAAACGUUACGAGGAUGAAAAUAAACGUAAGUUCACAGUCUUUGGCGAGUGUAUCGAAGAGGUGAUCCGGGAGCAGUGGAAUAAGCGGGAGGAAGGAAAGCUCAAGAUCUCCAGCGCACGCAAGAAGGCAAAUCUGGGCACGCCAACCACGGUGAACAGAACCGCUGCGCUGGUUAAAACACCCAAAACCGCGGAUACAAUGUCGAAGCAUACCAGUAUUAGCAGCCGUACUCGGCUGGCAGUUCCAGAGGCAUCACUCAAAUGCUCCGCCAACAAACAGGCAUCUUUGUCGGGUAUGUUAAAGCGAAAGAUGGCCUCACCCAGAGCGAGUGCCGCCAAAAGAUCAUUGCUUAAAGAUUUGAACAGUCCGAAGUCUUUUUUAAAACCGGUAGCUCCGCUGUCGACGAAUAAAAGUCGACUGCUUUCGAAAUCGCCAGGAAAGAUUGCCGCUAUCAAGAUAUACGAUACGAAGGGCGGUCUGAUGCCGGCUCAGAAGAGGCGCUCGCGACGGAAAUCGAAGAGCGGCAAAGCUCGCCGCAGUGCGUCAAAGCCUAGGCCAGAUAUUGUGGUUACUUCAAGCACUAACAGCACUAUGCACUCGGAAACAUCUUCGUACGAGAAUUUCGAGAAUUUUUUUGAACACAACACUCCAAACCGGUCAUCACUUAUGCCUGAGCGAGGAAUGAAAGCCACAACAGCAGCCGCUGCCACCGGCGCCGGAACACGAGCCAAUCCGCGACGAAAUCUGCGCUACAAUGGAACCGCGGUCAGUUCCACUGUCAACACCGCGUUGAGUACACCGUCCAAAAUAACAUUCCGUAAUCCGGCAGCGUCUUCCACAAUGCUCGCGACCACCCUGCGAUCACCAUCGGCCAAUAUGACCGCAAGCGGAAAAAAGCUUAUUCCGGCCUCGAAAAACUGCCCAAUCAUCUUCUAGGGAAUCAGGGGUGAUAGGGUGACUGAAACAACAAAGAUAUUGAUUGCAAAUCAAAACCAACCCAACAUUUCGUUUAACGAUUGUUUCAACUUGGCAAUACUUUUUUUACUGUUAUUCGUUCACUAUGUUGCCUACAAUUAUCUCACGUGAGCAGCAUUCAUCGGAGUGCUCCGCCUCAUAAGACUACUAACGCACUCGAUAUCGUUAUUUCGGCUUUUGCGCUCAGUUUGUUCUAGUUUCUAUGAUAUGCUCUCCUAAUGAUGAUGAUGAUUUAGUUACGCAAGAGAAAAACGCUUAUUUUUAGUUAAUUUGUUUAUCAGCGGUGUAAGCAUUGGCAUUGGCUGAAACUCGCGAAAGACUUACAAUAAUAUAAUAAUACAGCACCUUCGAUACAAUAUGCGCUCUCUAAAGACUGUACAUUUUUGUAUUUUAUAUUUAUGACAGUAUGUAUAGAUUUAACCCUUAUUCCGAAUGCGGGUAAGCUUCAGCGAGUGUUUAAAUAACUUUGCAUAAUUCAUGGUGCGAUUAGGGUUAGAUAUGAAUAAAUGUUGAUAAUAACAAUGUAUAUAAAA